AGUCUGGCUCCAGCACAAUUGCGGACUCGUCGAGCUUGUACUCGCAUAGCUUUGCAGCCAUGGCCAUGGUUCCCAGGCGAGCAAUCCAGAACCCCGGCAAGGGCGUGGCGGUAAAGCAAAAGCCCAGCAUCCGCAAGACCAUCGAGUCUAUGGUAAGCACUGGCAGCCAGGCUGAGUAUUUUCAACCUGGGCAGACCAUCAUCAUCUUCGACUGGGACGAUACGCUGUGCCCCUCCAGCUGGAUCCGCGCUAACAAGAAGGUCCUGAGCUUCUUCAAGCCUGCUCCAGCCACAGAGAAGUACCAAAAGCCUCUGCGCGAGUUGCAGGCCUCAGUGGAAGUGCUCCUCAAAAUGGCCAUGAAGCUUGGCACGGUGGUGAUUGUGACCAACGCAAUGGAUCCUUGGGUGGAGACAUCAUGCCGAAACUUCCUGCCAUCUCUGCUGCCGCUCGUGAGCUCGCUUCCCGUUAUCUACGCGCGCUCUAUCUUCGAGCAACAAGGUGUCGAGAUGUCUCGCAGCUCAAGCAGGAGCUCUUCGCCCCUGAGCCGUUUGGCCAUGCCGGGCCUUUAUGCGGCGAACGGCCAGAACCGCUUGGGAGCAAUCAAUGCAAAGAUAGCAGCCCAGCAGAAGACUGAAGAAAUUUCGCCGCAGAAGUGGAAGGAGGUCGCCUUUGCCCAGGAAAUCAAAGACUUCUACUCGCGCUACCAGCAUCAGAGCUGGAAGAACGUCAUCAGUGUUGGGGAUUCCGUUUUUGAGCGCGAUGCGGUCCGUCGUGUGGUGCUGCAACGCCCCACUCCGACGAAGAAAUGCCGCACAAAGACCCUGAAGCUCUUCGAUGACCCGGAGAUUGAGGAGCUCAUCGCUCAGGUGAAGGUUGUGUACGAUGUUAUCAACGUGAUGGUGCAAUAUGACGGCGACCUGGACAUUGAGAUCGACGAAGACGAUCUGAAGCUCGAUGGCCCACUUCUGGACAAGCUCCGGGACUAGACUAUCCCAUACGGCCCACAGAGGCUAUGCGCAGGAGUGAGCGGGCCUAUUUUCGUGGAAGGGUCCGACAAAUGCCCAAAAUCCGGUGAGUGUUUGCAGCAUGUUGUAGUGACCCCUGCCCACGCUGCUGCUGCUGGAUGUGCAACCCGUGUACUCCAGCAGCAUUUCCUGCUUUCACUGCUCAUUCUUCUUCCGGUUUGGAAGAGCCUGGCCACCGCUCAUCGUCAGU